AGGCGCUCGACUUCUUCAGGGGGCUGGGCGACGGGGACGACACGAGGGCCAUGGCCUGCAGCAGGGACCUGGAAACCAAGGCGGCGGCAUUAGAGUGCAAGGCGCAGGCGCACCGGGAGAUGAGGAGCGCGUAUCACGAUCGGAAGGCCCUCAAAUCUUUGGAGGACGCGAUGCGCAUCUACAAGAAGAUGAUCUUGCCGCGCGGAAGCCGAGACGGCGACAACCCGUUCGUGAAGGCCGAGGCACGGGUGGCAUUGCAGAUCGCGUUGGUGCACUUCUCCAUGCAGGAGAAUGAGGAGGCCACCUACUUUGCGAACUUUGCCCUGAAGCGCUUCCAGUCGAUCAACCACGUCAGGGGCGUCGCCGAGACCUUCCGCGAGGUCGCCAGCAUCGCCAUGGUGGACCCCCGCCUGAAGGAUGGAAAAGAGCAGGCUGUGGAGUCUGCGAAGAAGGCGUGCCAUUUCUCGAGUCAGGAGGGCGACUUGAUGGGCGAGAUUGCAGGCAAGCACGUCCUUGCAAGCGCGUACCAGCACAAUGGCAUGGUCAGCCUGGCGUACGAGACCCUCAUGGAGGCGCUGGUGCUGGCGCAGGCGAUGGGUGACAGGACGGCCCGUGAGCCGAGCGGCCCCGCGUUGGCGGAGGCGGCAUAUCCCCGGGAGCGCCCAGCCGCCAUGGGCAAGAGGGCAGGUGACGCGGGGGGCCCGUCGCCUGCGAAGAAGGCGGCGGCCGCGGCGGCCUCGCCAGCCGCUGCUUCUGGCGCGCCGCCCGCCGCUGCCUCUGUCGCGCCGCCGGCCCUGUGCAUCGCGCAGCUCCUCGAGACGGAACGCGCGUCGAUGCAGCAGGGCCACGUCAAGCGCGAGGUGUCCUUCGCGGUGCCCGCCAAGUGUUCUUUGAUUCCGCCGUUGGCCAUCGCGGAUGCUGCCGCUGGCGCAAACCUCAGUUCGUUUCGCGAGGUCAUGGACAACGACAACCUGGUUGCGAGCUUCUCCCGCACCAAGGAGUGCGAGGCAGCGGGGGCGGCGUGGAUGUUGGGCCCGAUUUGCCCGGGCAUCGACGACGUCACCGCGGGCCAGCUCGAGGGCGCCAUGGGCGCGUGGUCGGGGGAGGCGCACCCACUCUCCUCCAAGCACGCGCCCUCGCGGCGCCUCUCCUUCGACGCGCCCAUCCCCGCCUUGGUGGUCGACGUCAAGGUCGCCCAGCGGCUUGGGCCUAACAAGCGCGGAGUUUGCUCGACAGAGGCUCUGGCCAUACUCGCGGGGCGCGCGGCGGCCAUCACGCGGCAUGCUGCUAUGGGCGAGGCGCUCCAGCAGUCCAACGAAGACCGCGUGUGGCAUCUGUUCAUUGCCGCGUUGUCCGUGCCCAUCAGUCCCCCUGGCGGUUCGCAGAAGAAAACGCGCCGCUUGACCAGCGUGGAUAACUGUUUCGCCAAACAGGAACCAGCGUCGAAGCUGGAGGCUGCGCUGAAGGCCUACGGCCUCCAGUUCAAAGGAAAAGCGCGCACCGCUGCAACCGCCGCGGCGCUGAAAGGUCUGCGCCCUUUCGUCCUCGACGGCGCUUGCAGUUCGGCCUUCGCGCUGGCCGAAGCGCAUUUCCCAGAGCUUCGCGAACUUACGCUUCUCAUGAGGAUCGGCUUCGCCUGCUCCACGAGGGCUGUCUCUGACGCCGAGGCCAGGGAAUUCUUCGUUUUCAUCGCGAACAGUUUCCGCGCGGCCCGCUUGACGGGCGACGCCCCGAAGGGCGGGAAACUGUCCGUGAGCCGGGAGCUCGUCGAGUACAUCUUCCACGAGGCGCUCCUCAUGAACAUGGAAUUGGGGAGCGACAUGGCGGCAUUUAAGACGCCUCUCGACAUCCAGAAGUUCGCUGCCUCUGGCGCGGAUGGGCCCGCGGCUUCGCACCGCGCGUCCGACUCAGGCGGCGGCGCCGACGGGAUGGAGACAUUGUUUGCGCUCCACGUGGCUGAGCAUCGGAACGCCGUGGGUGUCAAGACGAAGGCGAUGAUCGACGUCGCGCGGCCUCUGUGGUCGAGCGCUUUCGACGACGAAAUCGCCGAGCGUGCCCGGCAGGAGUUGCAGAGCAGCACCGCUGGGUUCGUCUGGCACACGUACCUCGCCGAGACCAGCUCGGGCGUCGGUGCCAAGCACCGCGUCUUCGUGGCCGCGCGCACGGGCGGGCCGACCCCCGCCGACCCCGAGCUGGAUGCAAAUCUCGGCUUGUUGGGAAUGUCCGAGCUCGGGGACGAGCAAAAGGAAGAGCUCCAGAAGCUCCAGGAGCAGCUCAAGCAGCUCCGCAGGAAAACUGUGAAGUUCGUCCGGUUGCCGUCUGUCGGCGCUGCCUCUGGCGCGGAGUACGCAGUGGCGCAGAUGCAGAGCUUGUGGGAUACGCUCAGCCUCGGGCACCGCUUCGGGAGGAAGAAGAACGACGUUCGCGCGUUCAUCCUCUUAGCGGAGCUGUCCCCGCCCAACGUCGUCAAGCAAGGCGGCGAGGCGAGGAUGGGCGAGCAGAUGGCGCGUGACGAGGCGAAGUUCAAGCGCGUCAUCGAGUUCUUCUUGCAGAAGAGGCAGAAUGAUGGCAUCCUCGUCUUCCUCGACGGCAGGGGCCGCGCGAACCGCAGGGCCAUUGAGUCCUGCGAGACGAAGUUGGAGCCAGGAGGCCCCCCACGCGUACGUCGAGCGCUGGUUCGCGCGCGAGCAACCGACGAAGAAGGAAGACCCGCGGUCCGCGGCCAGGGCGUCGAGCUACACGAAGAACAAAAGGGGGCGGCCAUUUUCUCGAUGCCACUCAAGGGCCCGCCGCGGAAAGUGGCGCACCGUGCGGAGUUCAACGCGCGCGGCGCGUCCUCGACCGCAGACACGUCGUGCAGCGGUAUCCCGAUGCGGCGUUUCUCCGAGCUCCCUCGCAUGGGCCACGAGACGAAGACGAGCCUCUUGGAAGCUGCAUCUUGCGCUAGCGUUGACGGGGGGCAUCCGCGCCUGCAGGGAGACAUCGACUCGAAGGGCCACCCGUUCUCGCACAGCGAGGUGAAGCCGCUCAGUUCUGGCGCUUUGGCAGUUGCUGCCUCUGGCGCAGUGGAGUGCGACUGGCUCGACUCCAUCGCGGACAGGUGCGCGAUGUGCAAGGCGGGCCGCGACGAGGGGUGCGCGGGGCAAUUUGGCGGCGACGCCGGGUUCGUCGAGAAAGCCAGCAAGUAUUUCAGCGGAACCAUGAUGGAGGCAAGACGUCCGUUGAUGCCAGUGGCCGGGGACGGCGAGGAUGGGGAGGAGGAGGAGGAGGGCGCGAGCUCGGGCGACGAGUAG